CAGCAUCAGGCCAGGAGUCCCGGGGAUGGGAAACUCCUGGCCCACACGUCCAACACUGCCAUAAAACCAUCGCCUGGUCAUCAUUCUCUACCACGAAAGAAAACGCCGUCUGAAUCCAGAAACUCGUCGACUCAACAAUUUCAACGCGCCCAGUCUCUGAGACGCAGUUGUUUGUCUCCAACGCAAUAUCAUCACCAGCAUCAUCAACAUCGUCAGCAGGAGAGUUCUCUACAUUUUGAGUACUUCGUGCCUAGAAGCGUGAGCGAGUUCAACCUGGCAGCAGCGGCGGUCACGGACAUGGCUGUACCACCACCGCCUCCUUCAUCAGUCUUACGGCCCUCCUCGGCUCUAACACCGCCGAUAGGUUCCGCAUCGAAUUCAGCGUCGUUGAAUCAGCCCAGGUUAUUAGAAUGUUCCGGAACCGCGACCAGGAGUCGCGAGAAGAUGGUCACCUUCGAAGACGAGGGCGUGAACUGUGCCACCUCCACGCCCACCAGGAAGAAUAUUUCCGGGCUGGAGAACGUUUUCAUGUGACGCUGCAAUCAUGGGUGAUUUUGUGAAAAAAAAAAUCUAAGUUGGAUGAAGUGUUCUGUGUUUCGAUUGUGCCGGGAAAAAGGUAAUUAGGUUUCUGGUGGAAAUUAAAUGAAAGUGGAAUUAUUUUGGAUAUUAUGUAGAUGCAUGGGCAAUGUUGAUCAAUGAGGCAGGCAAGGGGCAAUUUAAAAUUAGGAAAGAAUUAUGUAUCUAGGAAUAUGUAUGUUUCUCCUGUGUGAUCUAGAGAAAUAAAACUGAUUGGAGAGACAGGACAUUCGUAAAUGAUUAUAAUUAUACCGUUUCAUCGUAUUUUGUGAGAAAAGAAAAAGA